AGAAAACAAACCAGAUUUUAUAAUGGUAGAAAAAAUAGACAACCUAAUAAUAAAAAGUGAACCAUUUUACGCAAUAGAAGACACCGAACUCCUCAAUGGUAUCGCUGGUCUACAUCAGGAUGCGGAUUUAAGAAUACUCUGUCUGACACGAUUCGGAAUUUGUGAGGAAACUAUGACCCUGUUGGAAGCUCAAAAAAUCGACAUCGAUUGUUUGAAAAAGAUGCGCUUCGAAGAUGUGGAUGCUUUAUUUGAAGGACGACUUUUGGGGCCGAAAAUUCAUUUUCGAGAAGCACUGAUAGCUUGGCGAACCGAAAUUGGACUGCCGAUGAAAAGUCUCCGGAUGAUGUCCGGUCGUAAGCGACCGGCGGAACAGGAAAUACAGCCCAUCCGCUCGGUUCGAGCUUUGAACAGUAACAAUGGCAUUGAUUCUGCUAAUGUUAACAGCACAACUACAGCAUCCGAUGGUUAUAAGUCGAAAUCGGUUCCUAAAAUUCAAUACAACACGUUUCCGUGGCCUAUGACGCCGGAAAUCCUAAAGGAUAUACUGUCGAGUUGCACUAUGGGUCGGCUUAUACUGCAAUCGGGCGAGCUUGGUAGUUUGGAAAAAGCUUUCCAGAGUCAGCUGACGGCCAUCGUAAUAGAUUACCAUAUGGAGUAUGAUCUCAAAAUCACAGCUAUGCAGCUGGAGAACUACGCACGUUGCAUCACGACGCUUUUUCCGCAUGAGAAUAAGAAUACAUAUCACAUUCCACGGGGACCGGCAAGGCGGAAUCCUGGCGGUUCUCUCUACUCUAGAUUCAUCAAUCAAAAAAUCAGUAAAAAAGCACUGGCCAUCGGCAGCGGUGUGGCGGCUCCAAUAUAAAAUCAGACAUUGGCCGCAGGUUACCUUAUCCCGUACUUUGAUUUUGUAUGAAAAAUUUAACUGUUCACAAACUAUGCGUUGUAAACUAACGGCAUUGAACUGUGGCAAAACUGUGGUCCUGUCGAUCUUUGAAUACUGACUCGUACAACCUCUAUAUCCUCGUAGCAGAGGACCGUCUUUAAUUCGAAUACAUUAAUAAGUAUGCUAAACGUGCUGCAUAGUAAAUUGUAGUGUACCGUUUUUCUGCAUCGUUCAAAUUUUAGUAUACCUCCAGUUUAAUGAUAAUCACUCCUAUUCUGUAUUUCGAACAAGUCUUUAUUUCGUUCGACUUGCUUCGAACGAGAUGUUUUGCCCAUUUGAUUCUGCUGGCGGCAAUCGUUCGAAAUACCAAGUCGUUCGAAAUAUAGAAUAGCGGUGAAUAACAGUUACCGACUGGCGUUUCCUAUGCAGUUUAAACUUAGUCGAUUAUAUAUUAGGUACGGUCAGAUUGAUGGACUUUUUACU